AUGCUUAAAAAAUUUACGAGUGCAUUUUCAAAAAAAAAGAAAUCUCAUACUUAAUCCUUUUAAUCUGAAUAAGUAGUACCUCCUCCUAUUCAAAAAGCUUAAACUUAAGAGUUUAAGGUUAUAAAUGAAAAGAUUGACAACAAUAUUGAAGAAACAUCUGAUCAAAAAUUAAGAAGUUAAUCUUUUGAAGAAUCAUAAAAAUAUUAAGAAGAAUUAAUGGAUUAUGUAGUUUAAGAAGAUGAUUCAUUUUUUGGAAUAGCUUUAAAGUUUAGUGUUAAUGAUGGCUAUUUGAUGAGAAUUAAUAAUCUAUCUAGCGAUAUGAUUUUUAAAGGAUAGAUACUAAAAGUACCAAUAACAAAUUAACCUCGUUUCUCAAUUAUUAAGAUUCCUGAAUAAAAUAAAUAAAAUGAGAAUAUUUGGGAAAAAAACGAACUUAGCUCGAAAUGUAAUAAUUUUUAUUAUAUCCAUUAAUUAGUUGAAGUUAUUUAUUGCAAUAAUAAAUAAAAUUGUAUUGGAAUAUUGACCUUAACUAGUGACAUAGUGCUAUUUGAUCCAAAUUCAUAUGAACAAAUAUAAGAUAAGUAAAAUAAAGUUAGAAUGAAUGCAUGCAUUUCAAUGAUAGAUAUUAAUGAAGCAGUAACAUAUUGCUUAUAAAAUUAAAAUGGAUGUUUAGAUUAUAUUGUUUAAAUAUUAUUAUCAGGAAUUGGCAAACCUAAUUUUGAAAAAAAGUAUUCAAAAUAGUUAAAAAAAUAUAAGUUAUAAAAAAAGAGUAUUGCCACUGUAUUUUUUAGAGUAUUAUAAUUUGUUUAAUUUAUAGCAUGCAGAAAGAAAUACUGAUGGAAAAUUGUACUCAGAAGAAAUUAAAAAAUCUAAUUGUGCAUUUAUUGUUAAAUUUAUUAAUGAUGCUUGUACAGGGUAUACUGAACAAUCCAAAUUAACAAAAUUACCAUAUAUAGAUUUAAUAGAAGAUUUUAAAUAGAAAAAAUAGUUAGAAAUUGAUGAAAUUUAAGAUGUAAUUGGAGAAAGAAUGGGAAGUAAAUAAAAUUAAAAUUCUAAUAGAACUUUGGGCCUGUUUAGAAUAUGUACCUGUUUUAAAAGAACCUUCUAAUUGUUUUACUAAUACUACUUACAAAUAAAUUAUUGAAUAAAUUCCAGCCGUAUUUCGUUUAGCAGAUUGGAUUAAAUAUUAUAAUCUUGAUUAAGAUGGAUCUAGUUAUUUAAAUAUGUUAUAAGAAAUCAAAAAUAAAUCUCCAAUUAUUAUAAUUAUUAAAGAUUUUGAUAAUUUAAUAUUUGGAACAUAUAUUUCAACUGAGGUUCAUCAAUUUAGUUUUGGAUUCAAAGGAAACGGGGAAACUUUUUUAUUUAAUUAGGAUUAAGAAGUAUAAUAAUUUUUAUUGUAAUUUUAGAAAAAUGAAAUUAGACCUUAUUUUUGGACAGAAAAAAAUAGAGAUUUUGUAUAUUGUGAUGAAACAGGUAUAGGAAUUGGUUGUGGAGAUAAAUUUGGUUUGUUUAUUGACUCAAGUUUAUCUUUUGGAUAUUCAAAUCCUUGUGAAACUUUUGAAAACAUUAGAUUUACUAAUUAAGAAAAGUUCAAAAUUAUGCAUCUAGAGGUUUGGGCUAUUUUAAAUUAAUGA